UUCACCAUUUUUACAGGGCUUGGUUAUGCCGUGCACAAUUGAAGUAAUUUUGUUUCGUCCUGUUUUACAAGCACAGUGACAUGCUUGGAUAGUAGCCUUCAUUACUCUUCGCGAAGGUGAAAGCGGCCAUGCCUCAAGAACUUCAUGGCAUCAUCAGGAACUAAGCAGCCACCAUGAAAGGCCACCAGCUUGAGUGCAAGGUCUGCAGCCCUGGAUGCCUUAAGGCUACUCAACUGUGUUCCUUCAAGUCUUUCAGGAGAAAGGUCAUACCCCAUGUGGGAAAGUUUCCAGAGAUGAGUGCAAGUUGUACUGGCCCAUUGUAACGAAGUGUCCAAAAGCCCCGCAACCAUGGAGAGAGACCUGAGUACAUAUCAGGGCUCACUUGACUUGAAGCGAAAAGCUGAAGAGAAGCUCCUUUUGGAAGGGCCUACAGUGGUGCAGAAUAUCGACCCUUCUUACUACCGCAAAAAGUCGGCAGAGUCUGGCUUUGAGGAGGAAGAAUCGAGGCUAGACGAAGAGUUGAAGAAGGCAGCCAGCAAAUUGCCCAAGAAAAGGAAGUUUGACUUCGACUUCAGUGAUGCAGACCCUACCUUUGGUAGCAGAAACUGCAGCAGCACAGCAGAACCCGUGCCUGGUGUAGAUCUUCGUGACUGGAAAAGCCACCGAGUUUUAGUGCGGCUCAAUGACUUGUAUGUGCCGGCUGUGAUCAAGGAUGUUGCUAGUGACCGUGAUGUGGUUGUUCAACUGGACAGCAGUCAGCAUCAGUUGUUUCGUGUUCGCGAUGUAUUUGACACAGCACGUCUAGAUGUGAUCGGUGACCACAGUCCCUCGCCAGGCCAGGUGACAAUGGGUAUGCAGUUGUGUGUACGUGUGGAAGACAAUGUGUAUGCUGAAGGGAUUGUUGCAGAAAUCCGGUCGCGCCCUCCUGUUCAGUACUUUGUGCGCUUCAUCAAGAGGCCCAGUGGUGUGUCAUGUGAUGGCGUGUGGGUGACGCGUGCAGGCUUGCGACUUAGGCAACCUCCCUGGUGGGAGGACAUGGAACUUGCCUCUUCUGUGUCAUCGUCUCCCAUGUUUCAGCGAGAACCGGUGCCUCUCCUCACACCACACCUAGUUGAAUCCAACUUGGCAUCUCUUCCACCGCAGCAGCCCAUCAUUCAGCCACACAGUGUGUCGGUCAUCACAGAUGGCAUUCACAGGGUCAUGCCAGUGAAUCUGGCAAGCAACCUUGAGGUGGACAGAGCACUUGAUUCGGUGGGUGCACCAAGGGCUCGCAAACUUACCGUGGGCAGUUCUCCCACUGCCGUUGGUGAUGAGGAUUCUUCAGAUGAUGACCUUAAGACAGGUCGUAUUGAGUUUGAUCCCAAUCCCAGCCCAUCACGUCUUAGUUUCUGUCAGGAUAACCUUACUCCUCGCUCACGACUGGCUACGUCAUCUUCUGCAGAGUUGCGUGUGUUGACUCCACGUUCGCCUGCUGCGCAGCAGAAAUACAAGAAAGGAGACAUUGUAUCUACCCCCAACGGCAUAAGGAAAAAAUUCAAUGGCAAGCAAUGGCGACGUCUGUGCUCCAAGGAAGGGUGUACAAAGGAGUCGCAGCGACGUGGCUACUGCUCACGGCACCUCUCUCUCAAGGGCAAAUCUGGCACAGCCAUGCGCAAAGGCAGUGCACCGGCUGCGACAUCAUCAUCAACUCAGCAGCCACCAUUUCCCACUGGGGCAAUGCGUACAGGCACAGGGAGGGAGUGGGAGGAGUCAUCACGGGAAAGCAUCAGCGGUAGCCCUGGUGACAGGGCAAGCAGGGUACAAGGCCGUUUUGACUUGGAUGAGACGGAGGCUGCAAACAUGCUUGUUUCACUGGGAAACUCUCGGUCGGCCACACCGUCUUCUUCAGCAAGCCCACCGGGCAGACCUGAGCUCUUUGCACCCAUUCGACAUGCCGCUUGGCCCCCCGAUUCACAUUCUCCCGAGGGUGCCUUCCGGCCAACUACAGUGGUUGUGCACAGGCCGAGGGUGGUAAAGACCUCCGAGCCUGUCUCUGUGAUUCAGCACUCACUGCCUCCAGAAAAACUGAUUGGUGAGCCUCAGACAACUGCAGCCCAGAUGGUCUUACUCCAGCAGGCACUGCAGCAGGGUCGGAGCUCACUCAGUGAAGCACUGCCUACGUACAGUGCCAUACAGGUGGCACCACCAAAGGAUUUGCAUGCUGGCAUCAACGGUCAGGUGGCAGUGGUUUUACAGACACCACAGCAGCAACAGCAGCAUCCAAGUCCAGCCCACCUCUUGCCUGUCAUGCCUGUGGUAACCUCCAAUGGAGAGGCACAAAAAGGCGAACCUGCCUUGGAUGCAUCCGGAAGCGGCUGGAAUGAUGGCAAGCCCAUUCCUGUCUUCCCUUGGCACUCGCUGGUCCCAUUUCUGGGCACCCACCCUUCGCCACCCAGCAGUGCACCGCCCACUGUGACUACUGCCCCUGUGCCACCAGAUGGUACUCAGCAAUCCAGCAAUGUAAACGACCAGGAGGAAGGCGAUGACGACGUGUUCGACAGCACAGAUUCACCUACAGCAAUUGUUGUGCCAUCUGCCAAGCGGAGAACACAAUCGCUGGGUGCGCUCCCAAAAGAUGACCCAAAGAGCCCACGCAAGGUCAAGGAGAAAGAACACAUCAGGCGGCCAAUGAAUGCAUUCAUGAUCUUCAGCAAGCGUCAUCGAGCACUGGUGCACAAGCGACAUCCCAACCAGGACAACCGCACCGUCAGCAAGAUUUUGGGUGAAUGGUGGUAUGCGCUAAACCCAUCUGAGAAGCAGCAGUACCACGACCUUGCCUUCAAAGUGAAAGAGGCACACUUCAAGGCACACCCCGACUGGAAAUGGUGCAGCCGGGAUCGCAAGAAGUCCAGCUCUGGAUCCCAGUGCAAAGACACCAUGCGCAAGUGCCUCAGCACCUCGGACGACCUGGGCGCUCACUUGGCUUCUGGGGACAGCAGCGACCGCCAAGAGACUGAUAAUGCAAAAGAAGAGACCCCUGGCUCUAAAAAUGGAGAAAGCAGUGAUAAUCCUGCUGUUGCACUUCCCUGGACUGAAAAUACUUCGGAGUCUUCCAUAGGCAAUGUUGGCCCCGGAAACAAUGAAAAAGACGGAGAUGCAUCCAGUGAUGACGAACGGAUGAUAAUUUGUGAAGAUGAGGGCGAUGGCGAUCCAAUCAUUGACCUCCAAUGCAAAGAAAGGGUGGUCGAGAGUGAUUCAGAAGGGGGAACCUCUGACGCUUCACCCCGCCUUUCGCCUGUGGGAGCUGGGGCACCAUUGGCCGAGGGCACCCACAGGCCGACACCCAUCAUGAGGGAGCCCAUGUCCCUGUUGGAGGCUACGCCACUGGCCGCUCCUCGGCCUCUGGGCGCUGCGGCCACAGCAUUUCACCCGACAGGCGCUGUCUUCAAGGGUGUGCAGUCUCCAAGCAAACGCAACUUGGCACUAGAAGAGAGGCAUCGUGAAUCUGUUUCGCCAUUGCGACCGAUAGCAUCCAAGCCUCCCGCAGGCAUGGAGACCAUGCGGCAUGCACUGCUAGUUCCACCCACCUCCACAACGGGUGCGCAGUAUGCCAUUUUGAGCCCACCAUUGAGCCGGACUGAGGGUGGUGCUGACCUGGCAGGACUUGUGCUGCGGGGCCCAUCCUUCAGCGCUAGCCCACCCAAAGGGCCCAGCAACAUUCUGAGGCCCGUGCAGUUGCCUACUGCUGCCACACAAGUCCAGUACCUGCUUCCCUCCUUUACUGUCCAGCCUGGAUCUGUAGGGGUCAAAGGAGUGCUGCAGAUGGCCAUACCAUCUGGAAGUAUCCAACUUGGCACACCCAAUACAACUGUCGGCAAGGUCUUGGCAUCGCCACCAAUUGUGGUGUCAUCACCACAUAGCCCAUCACUACAAAGUGUCAUCGUGGACGCUGCUAGCACCUUGCAGCCCCCACAGAUACAACUGACUCCUGCUGAGCCGUCAUCCAUGCCUCGGAUGCAGGCAUCUCCGAGUGCCCAGUGCCUCAUUCUGCCUGAAAGGUGCAACAAUUCGCCAUCUGCUUCUCCUAAUCCUCCAAAGAUCCGUUGUGUCAUUCCAUCCAAAGAUGGUCGGGGCUCCCCAUUGGCUAUGCUAACCCCUCCCUCUGCUGCAACCGUGCCACUCAGCUUCAACAAAGCACUGGCUUCCUCUGGAGGCACUCCCCCCACCAGCUCGCCUCUUGCUUCUUCACCAGCACGAUCUCGUGUCUCACCAUUUUUCACUGGUGUCCUUUCCAUGAAGUCUGGGAACUUGACGCCUACCGAGCCAAAGCUAGAUUCAAGUCCCCGGUCACACCGUAGUUCUAAAGCUUUGGUUGCAUCACCCGCUACACCCGGUGCAGAAGCUCGAAUGCCCCCCAGUGACAACUUGACUGACGCAGACACCAAGGCACUCUGCAGGGGGCUUUCACCAGAAAGGUUGCUCAAGGCUGGCAAGACAAAGAAGCUUUUGGAGGCUGGUGAUGUGACGCAUACAUCCAGCCCUCGCGAAGGUCCUCCGACUGGUUCCAGCCUACUUCGACCCAGCUUGGAUGAGCAGCAGUGGCGGCUACCCCAGGUGCCACUUGAGCCGAUUUACUCUUCCUCUGCCUCAUCCUUGGUGGUUGAAGCAGCAGCUCCACAAGAAGGGAGCCCUAAGCAGCAGCCAUUUGUGCUUGCACCAACACCAGCUCAACUGGGCCGUGCACCGGGUCAACUGCACCAGCGCAAGAGCAGUGGUGCUGCAUCAUCCUCUCAGUCCUCUUCACCGUCCGAGCCAUCCUGCCUUACAGAUCUCAGUGACAACACUAGUCAGUUGCAGCCGCUGUGCCCACCAAUGGUGAGUGCCACGGCUGAGGAGGGCCGUGUCAACCGGGAAGACGGUGCUGCUCCCAGGGAAGACAGUGCCACACCAGCGAAAGAAAGUCAGUCGCAGCAGCAACAGCAGCAGCAGCAGCAGCAGCAGCAGCAACAGCAGCAGCAGCAGCAGCAGCAGCAGCAGCAGCAGCAGCAGCAGCAGCAGCAGCAGCAGCAGCAGCAGCAGCAGCAGCAGCAACAGCAACAGCAACAACAACAACAACAACAGCUGCAGCAGCAGCAGCAGCAGUCCGCAAAGGAACCUCUGCCACCACCACCUGUGGCCAGUGCGGGACCACCUGCCAAGGAGGCCAAGAAAUCGGUGCUCAAACGAACUGUCAACGAUGGAAUGGACAAGGUGUUGGAAGAAGUAAACUUCAAGGCCCAGUUUGCCAAGCUGCCUGAAUACAAGCCAGAGGAAUCGCCUUCUGGAGCGGCAUCUCUGCCCUCAUCGCCAUUUGUGCAGACCUACAGGAAGCGGCCAAAGCCCUCAGAUAUGGCCGAGGACAACGGUGAUCCGACUGGGUCCAAGUGUGCUUCUGGGUCGUCCCCAGUGGGCACACCCCGCACUCCCCAGACUGCAGGCCCAAAGCUGGAAGGCACCAAGUUUUUUGGACCCAGCUUCAGCCUUGACGUUCUGGCAGACACUCGAAAUGAUGCAUCGGAUGGUGAUGUAGGCUCUCCACGAACACCUAAGACACCAGCAGAAGGUGAGAAGAGUCAUUCAUCACUACGGCGUAUACUGGAGCAACGGCGCCAGCUUGUCAUGCAACUUUUCACCGAGGAAGGCUGGUUCCCUUCAGCGCAAGCUACGGCUGCCUUUCAGCAGCGGCAUCGGGACGUGUUCAGUAAUAAAAACACACUGCAGCUCAAGAUACGUGAGGUGCGUCAAAAGCUGAUGGCUCAAAACAACCAGGCCAACAUUGCCACUACGCCGAGUGCUCAUGACACUACCAUUGAAGCACCUCCAGCCAAGUCGGAACCACCAAACGCCCCAGAACCCCAGACCCCACGGACAGGGACAUGAAGGCCUCAGGGGACGCACACUAAGUUUGAAGAGGCUGCUGGGUGAUGGUGCGGGAUGAGAGAGGUGUCAGGCAGUCUGAUGCAAUGGGGCUCAAUUUUAUUUUUUCUGUUUUUAUUGCCCUGGCAGCAUGCGCUCUGCAAACCAAAAGCAGCUGUGGAGUCGCAUGCUGACGAUGCAGUUCUUAUUUUUACUGGUUUUUAAUUGAGUUCCAAGAGGUAUUGCCACUGCGAGCGAGUUGUGUAGAGGCAGGUUUUUAUGAAUCCCUGCUACAGCCCCAGCGCCACUUUUAUUGUUUGUCUCUGAUGUUGUUUGAAGGCUUGUUUAGCACCCUGCAUUAAAUUCUCAGAUCUGCAGCGAAGUGGCUAGAUUGUCAUGCACCUCGUGCAGGCUGUCAAUGCGGUCUGUGUUUUAGAAUGAGCUUUUUGGCUUGUGGUGUCAAGACUCUCUGCAGGUGGACAUUGUUGUUAAAUAGUGUACAUGGGGUCAUUGCAGUAUAUUGACCUUCCAUGAAUGCCUGUGUUGGCAUGUGUCUUGUGUUCGGUUGCACGCAUAUAGUUGUGUUGCACCUGUGAUGUGUACAAGACUGCAUUCUUUGGUGGUUCUCAAGGUUUGUGUCACACUAAUCUGAAGGAUCUGAACAGCCCUGUUGCAUAGCACGCAGUUUAGGCCUCCAGUUGUUUAAAACAUAGGCAGGUUCAACUACACUGUGUUCAUGUAAUGUACGCACAUGAUAGCUUUCAUUGUUUUUUUUUUUUUUUUGCUUUUUUCACUCCUGCAUUACCAAUUUAAACAUGUGGUUUACCUUGAGAACUUGGACUGUGUGUUGUUGCUAGUAUUUGGACAAUGCAGGGCAGUGCUGUCUCUUGCUGUUGACCAUUGAAUGUGUAAGCAGCGCCUCUUUCGCAGAUAAACCAUGCAUUCGAAAGCCACUUUUUGUCAUUAAUUGCUCAAUGCUGCAGUAAGGUAUGCAUCAUUCGGCAACUAUUGAGCCUAGUGUAUAUAUGUGGACUAGAUAUAAAUACCUUCAUUUGCUGCUUUCAUCUAGACAUGCAAUGUGAAAAAAUCUAAUUAUCACUCAGUCAAAUGACGUAAUUUAGCAUCAACUUUUGAACAUGCAGGUUUUGUUUUGUGCUGCACAAAAAUCAUUGCUGAGGUGAUAUUAUGUUUUGGUGUCGCGUGUGGCAUGAGCAGCAAGUACAGAUGGCAUAAGCAAGGUAUAGUACUGUCUUGCGAAUAUUGGUCCUUUCUGAAGAGCUGGACUUCCACCAAAACGGCUGUAGGCUAUCUGUUGAGGCGAAUAUGCUGCAAGAAUUGGUCAGUGCAAAAUUGGGUCGGUUGCACUUCUCUAGAAGUUUUAUAUUUUUGUAAUUAGCAGAAUGGUUGCUGCUUGAAGAGCCACCUUGGAAAGGAUGUGUCAUGUCAUGGAAAGUUUGUUGUGUUCACUUUAUUUGAUGAUAUAUUUUCAGUGCUCAGAGUUCUGGGCCUUGUAUAAAAGCUGACUUUUGUGAGAACUCGUUGUGAAAUGAUUGAUGAAAUGAUGAUGUCGUUGUGUAAUGAUUUGUCUUUUCUUUCUUUUUUCUGCCAUUCUUGAUGAAGAUGCAUGGAGCUGUUGGUGUAUGUUUGGUGUGCCUCCCACAAGGACGUCGAUGUGAGAAUGCAGCACAUACUUUUUGUGUUCAUAACAUAAUGGCACAUGCAUGGUUUGUUUCUGUGUAUUGUAUCCCCCAUUGCUUGUUUGUAUCAUUUUGUUAUACUUUUGUGCAUAGCACUGUCGUUUCAUUUUACAUGUGAAAUAUGUACUGCAUUACUUUUGUUGUUGCAUGCCGGCAUUUCGCAUAAUGCGGCCCGCCUUCUUUUUUUUUUUCUUCAUUGUAUCAUUUAUCUUGCAUGCUGUGCUCUGUUGUUAUGCUUUUUUGUUGCUUCGUCAUUGCUUACUCCUUACAAUCUGUCCCAGAUUCUUGCUCAAAGCAGACAUACAUUAUAGGCAAUUUUUAUUACUAUUUUUUUUACUGCUCAGUAGUUAGAGCUGUCACUAAGCAGUGGUUCAAUGACAGCGAGGUCAGUUAGAGUAAGCCCUGUUAAAUUGAAAUGGCAUGUCUCAGUACAUUGGCCAAGUUUGAAUGAUGGCAUAGUGCUGGUCAGCUCCCAUAGGUACCAUCUAUUUUUCACACCUGAUCUUGAAACUUCUUCCUUGCUGACCAAAAAAACGCCCCUACCAGCGGUAUCCUUAGCGUUGAGCUAACUUGAACUCUUAAAACACAGCAUAUGUCACUUAAAAAACACACAAGUUGCUGCAUUAGCAGUGACUUUUUUAUUAGUGUUGUUGAUGUCCUUCCGUUACUUUAUUUCUUGGCAACUGAUGGGAAGCAAAGAAGGAAAAACAGGUGGCAGUUUACCAAAGCUGUUAGUAAUAUCCCAUCUCCUGGUGAAAGAAGAUGCCAAUUUUUGAGUCCCUUUUGACCGGCACUUCUUUUGAAGAUUUAGUUAAUAUUGACAGUGGAAUGGAAGGCUAUGGUUAUGCGAUGAAUUAUUAUUUUUAGUCUACUAACGAUGACAUGACUGCAUGCUUGCACACCAUGUACAGGGUACUUGAUAAGUGCUUCUGAGCACAGCGAAAGCUAAUGCCACAGAAGUGCUGCUGCGCAAGGCCAUUGCCACAAGGCCAUUUAAAUAAAUAAGCAUACUGUGGGGCAUGACAUGUCAGGCAUCAUUAACUGAAUACAGAAGCUUCAUAAUCCUGGUUACUUAAAGCUUGAAAUUGGCAAUGUGUAGCCGGUGCACUGAAAUUUUGCUUACCUAAAAAAAUAACUUCAUUUAUCUCCAAAUUUCUUGAAGGAUUUUACCACUUUGGGCUAAAUAGAGUUUUCUGUACAGCGGUAGUAUGAAUGAAUUCAGUUUGAGCCAAAGCAGAACAUGCCAUAAGAGGCAAGACAAUCAAAAUGCAAAUUGUUGUGGAGUUCAGUGAUUGUAAGCCAUUUGGCUAGCAAAUAAAUGAUUGCCUGCCAGAAAAAGCGGGACACAUCAAAAACUGAAGGAUUGUAAGGUUGUGCACUUCCAUUUUGUAUCUUGUAGUGCAGAAAGGCCACCCAAUACAAUAUCUGAGUUGUUUAGAUUUUAUAAAAUACAUUGAAGUGAGAAUGCUUAGCUCAUCACUAUGUGCAGGUGUCUUUGGGGGGAAAAUUGGAAAAAGUAAGGCUUCCAGCAUUACACUGGAUUAGAGCAUGUACCUUGCCUCUUCACUGCUAAUCGUCAUAGGCUGUGUAGUUAGUGCAGUUCAGAAGUAGAUGCACAUCUGGCUUUCUACAUAUGGCACCCCAUUGGACACCCAGGAGGGUGCGUUAAGGCUGCUUUGGUUAGUGACAUAUGGCUUGAUUCGUGCUUCAGAGGUUUCCUAGAAAGUUUCUCAUGGAAUAACAAAUUUUGCAUGGCUAUUGACGUUGUGAUUGGGAUCUGAAAGAAACUUCUUUUGCAUUUUUCUUAAAGCUUUUUCAAAUCAACACAUGCUUUUUAGCAUUUCACAUUGCUUUAGCUCCUCUCGAGAGCAUUAAAAGUAAGUAUAUUUUACUGAUUGUUUUAAAGGUGCUUUAAUAUAUUGAAUUGGUUUUAUUUGGACACUGCAUCUUUUAGUACAGAUUCGACCUGAUUUGGCUUGGUUUUGCCUUAUUUAGUCCCUGUAGAGUACUGGACUCGUGUGGCAUGGUUCUGACGUCCAGAAGAAAGCCAACAAGUGCCUCAUAUUUAUUGUUUUAAUCUGCCUUCGUAAUAUUUGCCUCAGUUUUAAACCAUUAAUUCUAAUUAUUCAUUACGUUAAUAGUUUUACAGGAUAAUGAUUUAUUACCAAGUAAAAUGUACUGCAGUUGUGUACGCUUAUUCUUGCAUUGUUCCUUGCAGUAGUGGCUCAAUUGCUUCCAGCCACUGAGUCUCCCCAGUGAUUCGAGCCGGAGUGGUGGAACUGCUCUAUUGGUCUGUAUAAAUGUCUGUAUUGCAAAAAAGAAAGAAAGGACAAGUAGUUUAACCUUGAUAUUAAAGUCCCCUGGAAGUGGUGAAUUGCCUUUCUGCGAGUUGCCAAAAUUCGACCUCUUUCAGUAAGAGUGCAUAGAUUGAUGUUCGCAUAAGGCUGUGUUGGUGCUGAGCACUUUUUUGUUCCAGACCAUUUGUCAGUUCUUCAGAUAAUAUUCUUUACUCGCUUCCUUGGAGCCAACACAUUUGUCUUAAUGUGGCAACAUUGUGUCAGUGAAAAACCAUGAACCUUCAUAACUGUUUUUAAAUACUGCAGUUAACCCUGUGCACCCUGCCAGGUUUGCCUACUAUCAUGCACAUGAGGCUGCCUUCAUUGUGAAAGCACAUUUAAAAAUAAGUUAGACAAUCUUCAUGCAUUCUAAUUUUCUUUGCACAGUAUGGUGCACUGCACCGCUUAUCUAAGGAGGAUGGUGUUACCCUGCAACAUACCUUUUAUUUUGUAUGGCUGGGUAGCCUGCACAUGCCUGAGAAUGCAUUGCUUGGACAGUCAACAGGCAGGGUAAGACCUGCUGUGCUUAGGCUUGGGGUGGUGUCAUGUUGAUGCAUGAUUGGUUUAUUGACACCGAUAAAAGUUCCUGCAUGGUUACAAAGUAGUGUGCAAUACCUGCAAUUUCUUGCUUGUUACUGAAGAUAAAAUGCCUGCCUCCAUAUAAAAGUUUAACUUGUAACAGACUUGUAUCUCUGCUGUUUAUAAAGUUUUUUUGAUACCCAUACGGUUUGCAACUAUGAAGUCCCAUAUUCUUGUUUGCUGUCUUGCUAUGGGAACCAAUACUGCAUGACAUCUGCAUUGUAUGGAUUGUCAGCACAAAAAGAUAUUGAAAAAUGUAGUGUAUGUGAAUCCACCGCUGGGCAUUGCAUUGUACAGUCGUCAAGGAAAUGUGAAAGAAAUUGCUUGUCACAGGGAUGAGAGGCACUCUUCCACCCACACAUAUAUAGGUAUGACCGAUCACAAAAGCUGAGCAUGUGUACUAAGCCUGCUCACAUUGUUGCACAUAUUUUCUCUCGUUUGCUGACAUACAUUCUGCCAAGGUGAGCAUAUAUGGCUGUUGCUUAUGGAUUGCGAAAUUGUUGGUAAUAAACAUGAGGCUACACCCUGUUUUAUGCCACACCUGUUGCAUUUUCCAGCAUUUGCUAUUGUGUGUGCAUCAACCCUGUGUAAUUACACCCUCCUCUUCACAUUAAAAACUGCAGCCGGAUUUACAGGUUUUCAUUAUAAGGACUCUAUUGCUGACCAGUCCAGUUGCUGCUCUCAUUUCUCAAUCGUAAUUGGCUGGAAUUCUAUGUUACGACUGUUUUUUCCCCUCUACCAACAGCUGCAUGAAUGCAGGCCCUGGUAUUGUUUUUACAGUGUGCCGCUUGCCUGGACAUGCCUUGAGUGCAAUUAUGAAAGAAAUGCUUGUUUUCGUGCCAUACAAGAGGUUAGCGCCACUACUGAUGGGCAACCAGUUUAAUGUUUUCAACACACUGUUCAUGCACACAAAUGCUGCUAUGGUUGUGUCAUCCUGUAAAGUAGAGUGCAAGUUUUGUAGUUACAUACUAGCAAGAGAAAUUUUUCAUUGGAAAAACUUAAAGGUGGGCAGCCAGAGAGAAAAAUCGGAAAUGUUUAUAGGAAAGAAGCUGCAUCCAUAAAAAAUAGCGUUUCCGAUCACUUGCCUCACCUGCUGGCAACUUCAGGUACAGUGUAUGUCACAAUUACAGAGAUUGGUUAAUACUCAUACCAGCAAUUGUCACAUUUCUAGUUGGACAGGCGAGCAUUCUCAACAGAUGUCUGCGUGCCUGCGAUGCUGGAUCACUCUACCAAAUUUGUCUGCUUACAGCCCAGUUAACCCAUAGUUUUCCAUGUUUUCUGUGCAAUUUGUACACAAAUGUUCAGGAUCGCACACAGAUGAUGCAGAAAGCAUGCAAAACUAGUGGUCUGCAUGUGGAAAGUUUCGUUUCGGCAGCGACAUUUGUGCAGCAACACCUGCUAUGCAGAACAUCAUUAGCUUCCUGUUAAAUGUGACAUUCACUGUGCCACUCGGCUUUCCAUCAUGUCAUCAUGCAGGACGGUUGUGUAAGGACUAAACUUAGAGCACUAACUUUUCCAAUUUUGUUGUGCAUACAGUUGUGGCAUUCACGCUAUAGUUAGGUGCCGAGGCCUCCUUUAUUUUUCCUAGCUUCUCUUACUUUUGCAACUAUCUCUAUUACUGUUGCAGCUACCUUUACAUGUAUUUUCAUUCGCAGUCUUCUGCUACAUGUGCAAGAAUGCAGUCUGCACUUGAAAGCCUGGAGUUAUAUAGUGUGCGCUAUGUGUAUGUUUGUGUGUACCAUGCCGUUGUACCUAGCACCAAGACACUUGUGCACACUAUUACACUUACCUGUAGCUACCUACCAUGGAGAGAUGCACCAACUCAUAUUUUUAAGACAAGGCGGUGUUUUUAAGACAUUUUAAACAUUUUGCUGUGUAUAUAUCGACAAUACAUAAUUUUUUUCAACUAAGCUAGUUGUUGCUCGGGGCCACUAGGACUCCUUGCAGAAAGUGGUUGAUGGUGAGAAGGAAAUACAAGAAAAAUUUUGUUUUUCUCCCCAAAUUUUUUUUUUCUUGGCUGUUUGCACUGUGGAAGUUGUUGGUCGAGAAUUUUGCUUCGAUGAAGCUUUAUAGCAGGAGGCCCACCGAGGCAAAUCAUGUGGUUGCUGCGGCCUGCUGUGUACACUGUCGUGUCAUCAGUUGUGUAAUGCUUGCGGAUAUUCUCUUGUUCCUUUUGCUUUCCUAAUGAAGCCAGGCUGUUGUUGGAAGCUUGAGCCUGUUUGCAAGUGGAUUUCUACAUCAAUAUUAAUUUGUUCCUGCAAAGGCUAUAUUCAUGAAAACGUAACAAUUUCACAAGUAAGCAAAAGGCAACUAAAACUGCCAUUUGUGAAUUUCCCGAGAGGUAUUUCAUUGCCCGAACACCAGAUGCAAACUCGCAUUUGCAGUUGAAAAGUGGUAGCAAAUUAAGCAAAAGAAAAUCUGUAAGAAACAAAGUCCUUUCUGAUUGACACAGCUGUAUAAACCAGUCAACCUAUGAUACAGGUUCAGUGGCCAAGCACGAGAUCGUGGGUUUGACUCCCAGCUUGAUUUUAAUAAAGGCUAAAUGCAAAAUCUUGUGCUUGGUGAGUAUUUGGGAAACAUUAAAAUGCUUUCAAGGUUAAUCUGGAGUCAUCCGAUGUGGCACCAUGGUCGCUGUUUCGGUGUGUUAGACCCCCAUUACUCAAUCAGUCAGCUGUACUAUAAAUCUAUUGGUCUUCAAGUUGAACCCUAACUCUGCACCCUCUAGUGGUCUUAUAUUUCUAGAAUGUUUGUCAAGUGGUGGUUGGUUUAAAUUUUAUGCAGGAUGUUGAAUGUCAUGCACCUAAGCAGGGGUCCUGUAAAAACCUUUGCCUUCCUAUGACAAGAAACUGUAGGCUUGACUGUACAAAAGAAACCCUCUUGCAAACAGGCUUUGGUGUUUCUGAUGAAAUGAAGAAAUAGCAGGUAGGAUUGGGUGUGCACAAUUGAAACCACUGAUAAAAAAGACAAAGAAGAGGUCACGUCUUGCAAGUGCCAAUUCUGUUCAAUACUUGUUCUGUUUUCCCAUGGCAUCAAACUUGAAGUAACAAUCAAGUCUGGAGAUGUAAAUAGAUACAAUGGUUAAAUGUAUGUUUAAAAAACCCUCUCCAUCUGAAGGGGCCAAUAAGGAAAUUGUUUUGCAAUCCCAUACGAAGUGCAUAUUUGCUGGCGUUGAUAUUGCUGUUCGUGCAUUCUUUUUUACUUGUCAUAUUUUUUUCUUGUUGCUUCAUGUUGUUCACGUUGUGUAUGGUGCAGUUAUGUUUAGCAGUGAAAAAAAGUGUUGAUAUGGCAGAUCUGUUUUAUUCAUCUUUCCUGUUUGAGCUCUCAAAAUCAGCAUUUUGGAAUUGUUUAUUGCUCUCUCUUUAUUUUUUUUUCUGUGAUACUUUCUCCAAUACAGAUCUUAAAUGCAAAGAAGGGGUAUUACAUGUGUGAGUCAUAUUGCCUUUCCAUUUAUUUCGCUACUUGUAGCAUCAUAUUUUAUAGCUUAAUCCAUUCAGCUUAAGGAAAGAAACUCAUGACAAUUGAUAUGUACAGUGCAUGUAAGUAUGAAUAAAUUACCCUUCAGUGCAUUGUUAA